AAGUUAAACGCCUUUUUUUUGCGUGUCUACAGUAGCUUUACCUCUGGCUCUCUUUAGUGACGUAUGCGCGCAUUCGUAUCCCUCCUCCGUCUCCAGGGGGACCUCCGCUGUAGGUCCGGCGCGGGGGCAGCUUUCGCUCGGCCGUUCUCCUUCCUUGUCCAAGAUGGCAGCGCUAAGUGUAAACAAAAUCGGGUCUGGCGCUGGGAUGGAUGCCGGGAACAGGCACAGCCGAAGUCCGGCGGGGCCUGUUGUGAAGGUUUUGGAAUGUGGAGUCUGUGAAGAUGUAUUUUCAUUACAAGGAGACAAAGUUCCCAGACUUCUUUUAUGUGGCCAUACUGUCUGUCAUGACUGUCUUACUCGACUUCCUCUCCAUGGCAGAGCAGUUCGAUGUCCUUUUGAUCGACAAGUUACUGAGUUGGGUGAUUCUGGUGUGUGGGGAUUGAAAAAAAACUUUGCUUUGUUGGAACUCCUGGAGCGAUUGCAGAAUGGAUUGGGGGGUCAGUGUGGAACAACUGAAGAAACCAUUGGCCUAUCUGGAGAGUGCAUCAUCCGAUGUGAUGAAGAUGACACUCAUCUUGCUUCUGUGUACUGCACUGUUUGUGCUACUCAUCUGUGUACAGACUGUUCCCAUCUUACACAUUCUACAAAGACACUAGCAAAACACAGACGUGUGCCCCUUGCUGAUAAGCCACACGAAAAGACGAUGUGCUCUCAGCACCAAGUGCAUGCCAUUGAAUUUGUGUGCUUGGAAGAAGGUUGUCAAGCCAGCCCUCUUAUGUGUUGUGUUUGCAAAGAAUACGGAAAACACCAAGGUCAUAAACACAGUAUUUUGGAACCAGAAGCAAAUCAGAUCCGUGCUUCCAUUUUAGACAUGGCUCACUGUAUAAGAACUUUCACAGAAGAAAUCUCAGAAUAUUCUCGGAAACUAGAUUGUAUAGUUCAACAAAUAGAAGGAGGAGAACAAAUCUUUGAAGAUGGCAUAGGAAUGACCCAUACAGAACAUGUCCCAGGUACUGCAGAGAACGCUCGGUCAUGUGUCAGAGCCUAUUUUUCUGAUCUUCAUGAGACUCUCUGCCGCCAAGAAGAAAUGGCACUUAGUGUGGUGGAUGCACAUGUGCGAGAAAAAUUGAUCUGGCUUAGGCAACAACAGGAAGAUAUGACUAUCCUGUUAUCACAGGUUUCAACAGCUUGCCUUCACUGUGAAAAGACUUUACAGCAGGAUGACUGUAGAGUUGUUUUGGCCAAACAAGAAAUUACAAGGCUUUUAGAAACAUUGCAGAAACAACAACAACAAUUUACAGAACUUGCAGACCAUAUUCAACUCGAUGCUAGCAUUCCAGUUACUUUUACAAAGGACAACAGAGUACACAUUGGACCAAAAAUGGAGAUUAGAGUGGUGACCCUUGGAUUAGAUGGAGCAGGCAAGACUACUAUUUUAUUUAAACUAAAACAAGAUGAGUUCAUGCAACCUAUUCCAACAAUUGGUUUUAAUGUUGAGACAGUAGAAUACAAAAACCUGAAAUUCACUAUUUGGGAUGUAGGUGGCAAACACAAACUGAGGCCUUUAUGGAAACAUUAUUACCUCAAUACACAAGCCGUGGUGUUUGUCAUUGAUAGCAGCCACAGAGACAGAGUCAGCGAGGCACACAGUGAACUUGCCAAGCUAUUAACGGAGAAGGAACUGCGUGAUGCUUUGUUACUGAUCUUUGCCAACAAGCAGGAUGUGCCAGGGGCACUUUCAGUAGAAGAAAUCACAGAAUUGCUGAAUCUCCACAAACUUUGCUGUGGUCGCAGCUGGUACAUUCAAGGUUGUGAUGCCCGAAGUGGCAUGGGACUUUAUGAAGGACUGGAUUGGCUUUCAAGGCAUCUGGUGGCUGCAGGUGUCCUGGAUGUGGCUUAAGAGAGCCAGUAAGCAUGAAGACCAG